AUGGUGUUGUGCUGCGGUAGCAAAGAACGUGCUUCGAUACGUACAAAUACAGACAUUCAACAUCUAUCUGAAAGCGAACCGCUGAAGUAUGAUCCUGAAUUCAAAGGUCCUUUUUCAAAACGCUCCUGUACCGAUCUUCCAUGUUUAUUUCUGUUUAUCACCUUUCUUGGAGCAUGGGGUUACGUUGGGUACUACGCAUCUCAACACGGUGACUUAAAUCGUUUGCUUGUGCCGAUUGACUCAGAUGGACGGAAAUGUGGUGUCGAUAGUGAAGUUCGUGAUGAACCCUAUCUUCUGUUUUUCAAUAUUACUGAAUGUGCCAAAAUUGAUGUUCCUAUUUCCGGAUGCAGUACUCCUCAGGUUUGCGUCAAAGAAUGUCCCGUAAAUUAUUUCGAUUUUGAGUUGUCAAACUGUGAUUUCUCGAAUCUCAAUAAAAUUCGAGCAACCAUUAUUUGUAAAAAAAGCAUAAACAAAAAAAAAUUGACCUCAUGUCAAAUGGUCAGGGAUAAAAUCAAAACUGAACAAUGUGCACAAACAUUUCAACAGAGCACAUCCUUGGCAAACCGGUGUAUAUCCAAUAUUCCGGAUGUACGAUGCGGUCGUUUGUCUAAAAAAACUCAACAGCAGCCAAUGCCAAGCUUGCAAACAUCAGAGCAAGCAUGCAGCGAAAAUCGGGAGCUUAAAAAUAUUUUAGAAGAAAAGUUUAUCAAAUUGCAAUCAUUCGUAGGAAGAUAUGCUAGUAAUCUCAUAUCGGUCAUAACGAGAGAUGAUAGUGUACAUCAGACCAGCCAAAUGAUCGUAGAGGAUAUUUUAGAAUCUUGGCAUAUAAUAUUGAUUUUCGUGGCUAUUUCUGUGCUCUCCAGUCUUAUUUUUAUUACACUGCUUCGUUGGAUUGCAAAACCUUUGGUGUGGAUUUCGAUUAUUGGUGUUAUUGCAGCUCUUUGUUAUGGCGUGUACUUUAGUUAUCAAGAAUACAAGAACAUUCGAGAAAAUCCUGUAAAGGCACAUGUGAAUGUAUCCCCGAAUCUUAGUUCAUUGGUUCACUCUUGGUUUAAAUCGGAUCAAACCUGGCUUGGAAUUCUAAUUAUUUUAUCAGUUGUACUGGCGAUCUUGCUUCUGGUAUUGUUAGUUUUGCGGAAAAGAAUUGUUAUUGCAAUUGCGCUAGUUAAAGAAGGAAGCAGAGCUGUUUGCGCCAGUUAUUCAACCGUAUUUUUUCCCCUUGUGCCAUGGAUACUUCAAGCUGCAAUUAUUAUGUUUUCCUUAUUGGUGCUAUUAUUGUUAGCAUCGAUCGGUGAUCCAAUAUUUAAAAUUAACGGACUUAAUACUUCACUUACUUGCAAAUGCAACAACCAAUACAACGAAGGAGAUAUUUGUGAUCCAGCCGUUUUCAAUGAUCAAUGCAGGGAUUUUACUGCAACCGAUGAGCUAGGCCGUUGUGUCGACGCUGCCUGUCAUUUUCAGCAGUUGAAUACUCCAGUUUUUGUUCGUUUUUUUCAUGCAUUAAACGUAGUUGGAUUCUUUUGGGGCAUAUGCUUUGUGUCCGCUUUUAGUGAAAUGGUGCUAGCUUUCACUUUUGCUACAUGGUAUUGGACACGGCAAAAGUCCCGUUUACCAUUUUUUGUUCUAACUCGGGGAUUUACACAAACGAUUUUCUAUCAUCUUGGCACUCUCGCAUUUGGAUCUUUAAUAAUUGCUAUUUGUAAAAUUAUACGAUUCAUUCUCGAAUUCCUAGAACAGAAACUAAAACUGUAUGAUAACCAAGUAACGCGUGCCAUAUUGUGCUGCUGCCGUUGCUUCUUCUGGUGUUUGGAGAACUUUUUGAAAUUUUUAAACACGAAUGCGUAUAUCCUGUGUGCAAUCUAUGGUAAAAAUUUUUGUUCUAGUGCAAAAGAUGCGUUUAGUUUGCUCACGAGAAAUGUUCUACGAGUAAUUGCGUUGGACAAAGUAACAGGAUUUUUAUUUUUUCUGUCUGAAUUGUUACUUGCAUCAGGGAUGGCAGCUGUAACGUAUACAUAUUGCACAAGCGAUAUCUCAAAAAUAACACUUAACUAUCCCUUCGUACCAGCAAUACUCGUCUUCAUUGGAACGCUAAUUAUUGCAUCUAUAUUCUUCCGUGUAUACUCUGUUGCAGUGGAUACAUUAUUUCUGUGUUUUUUGGAAGAUUGCGAACGAAACGAUGGCAGCUCCGAGCGCCCAUUUUUUAUGUCUAAAGGAUUGUUAAAAAUCUUGGGAAAGAAGCAAAAAUAAAACUGCAUUUUUUAGGAUCCUCAACAUAAAACGAAGAAGGCGCCCUUUGCUACAAUAAUAAUGAUAACAUGUGUUACAUACACAACAUAUAUUUUUAAGUCAAAAUUGCCCCAAACAAUAUCAUAAAGCUAUGCCAAAAAAGUAUGUUCUAUGCUAAUUUAUAAGCACAGGGCAUGCCACAUAUAUGACAUGUAUUGAAGUGUGUUCAAACCAUGGAAUCAAUGGUAUUUAAAAUGAAUUACGUAUAUUGUGAUGAAAUAGAAAGAAAUAAUUCGAAUUUAUGCGCAAAAUA